GUUGUGCUUCCUUGUUUGUGAAGUAGAAAUGCUUUCGUUUCACUGUGAGCUUUCGUUUUCUGUCACCAAUAAAAGAGAGUUAAGCACGCGAUGUUUCACUAGAACGGUGUUUUUCAUUCAUGUUUCUUCGUUAUUUAAUUUAUAGGCUUUUGCAUCUGUUAAACUUAUUUAGAAUUAUAUUUUCAACUGGCGAUAGCGGGAUGAGUUUGACAAAUAAGUUGGACGAUAACUAUUGCGAGUAUGACUCGACAUGGGAAGACGAUGAAAGUAUAAAAGUCCGAAGGGAGAAGAAAACAACGGGAAAAUGUCGCAGGAACAUAUACGCUGCAAGGGACAUGCAAGAGUUUCGGCGUAGUUGCGAAAACCUUGAUGGUCCUGAUGAACCAAAAAAAAAACAUUUCCCCAACCUGGACUUUUACAGUGGUUCCGCGAGCUCAAAGCCAGAUGGUGUAUAUAUUGAUGAAUUUCACAAAGAAUGGCAGGGGGAUUAUGAAAGGCUGGAAGAAGUUCACUCCUACAUUCAGUGGUUGUUUCCAAUACAAGAGCAAGGAAUGAAUUGGCAAGCACAUGUUCUCUCAAAACAAGAAAUCAAGUUUUUCCGUAAGAAUGAAACUGCAAAGCAGAAUCUGGUGAUAUCAUAUGAGCUCAUGUUGGAUUUCUAUGGCAUACGCUUGGUCGACAAAAAGACAGGAGAUGUGGAACGUGCUACUCACUGGAAGGAACGCUUUGACAACCUAAACAGAUAUACUCACAACAACCUUCGCAUCACACGCAUCCUGAAGUGUCUGGGGACUCUUGGUUUCGAGCAUUACCAGGAAAAACUGGUCAAGUUUUUUCUCCAUGAAACUCUUGUAAACAAAAUGCUUCCAAACGUGAAAAAAAGCGUACUAGAUUACUUCAUGUUUGCUGUAUUAGACAAGAAGCAAAGGCAAGAUCUGGUUAAGUAUGCUUUUAAGCAUUUUCAGCCAAAAGAAGACUUUGUGUGGGGCCCCACGAAUAUUCUUGAAGCUGCAGUGAAAGAACAUGAAAUGACAAAUGAAACCAAGACUCCUGUAAAGAAUAAAUGUGAAGCAUUUGAGGAAAAUAAAACUCAAGAAGAAGAAUCCAGUGAAAUGCAAGAAGAUGAAAUGAUGCCUAGCAGUCCCACUUGUAAGACUGCAGAAGAUCCUAGAAGAUCUAGAAUUAGUCAAGAGCCUGUGUGCAUCCCCAAGUUGAUUGUGUUAGAUCCUGAAGAGAACAAAUCUACAGCAUUUGAGGAAAAUACAUCUUUAGACAGAGAACCUAUUAGAAAGCAAGAAACGGGAGAGAUGUCAAUCAGUAACACUACAGAAGAUGUUAGAGUGGUCAGUGAGCAAAAAACCCAGUCCGGCCAGAGCGAUUUUACUGAACCACAAAAUGAUCAAGAUAUGAUUAAUCUUUCUACAGAGAGGGAAGACGUAAAUGUUAAACAAAGCGAUGUAAAAGACCAAUUGCUGGGAAAUCCGAUACCUGAUUUAGAUGGUGAGCAAACCUCUUAUGUAAGUGAUGAGAUUAGUCAUAACAGGAAAGAAAGCUCAAACAGUGCACAAGGUGAAGAGAAGAAUGGUUAUGUUGAUCAUUGUACAGCGUAAACCUCUGUUUGAUGGUUUAAAAAGAACAAAACCUGAAGAAAAAUCUUACAAUAGAAAUAAGUUGAUUAAAAUAGUGACAGUGAAACAGUUGUAAAUGGCACUUUGAAGAUUUUUAUUUUGUUCAAUUAAUAUAAUUAUUUUUGUUUAUAUUAAUAGAUAUUUUAUUGUGUGAUCGCUUUAUAGCUUAUUACUGGAGAUAAGACAAAGUAUCAUUGAUUUGCUUUAUAGUGAAUGUUUUGAUUGAAUGUGACAGGUGACAGUUGUCUAGGGAUAAAAGCAUGACACAUUUUGUUAUUGAUUAUUUUGUUAAAGAAAAUGAUGUUGUACUGUUUUCACUGCUGAAGCUAAUAAAAUGUUAUCAUCCCACU